GGCGCGCCGUAGGGGUCACGGGUAGGCCGAGUGGUGCCAGCGCCCGCAGCGGGGAGGAAGUCUGCCUGCACUGGCAGGGUUUGUGUCGCCAGCAGCCCGCAGGGAUCUGAGGAGCAGUUUGUCGGGGUCGCUCAGGAUUGAAAGACUGGUGGAAAUCCUGUGGUGGGAGCAUGCCGGGGCUAUGGAGGCAGAGGCUUCCUUCGGCUUGGGCUUUGCUUCUCCUGCCGUUCCUGCCGCUGCUGAUGCCCGCAGCCCCCGCAGCCCACCGCGGGUCCUACAAGCCCGUGAUCGUGGUGCACGGGCUCUUUGACAGUUCAUACAGCUUCCGCCACCUGCUGGACUAUAUCAAUGAGACACACACCGGGACUGUGGUGACAGUGCUUGAUCUCUUCGAUGGCAGAGAGAGUUUGCGGCCCCUGUGGGAACAGGUACAAGGGUUCCGAGAGGCUGUGGUCCCCAUCAUGGAAAAGGCCCCUGAAGGAGUGCACCUCAUCUGCUACUCCCAGGGGGGCCUGGUGUGCCGUGCUUUGCUGUCUGUCAUGGAUAACCACAAUGUGGACUCUUUCAUCUCCCUCUCCUCCCCACAGAUGGGCCAGUAUGGAGACACGGACUAUUUGAAAUGGCUCUUCCCCACGUCCAUGCGGUCUAACCUCUAUCGGGUCUGCUAUAGUCCUUGGGGCCAGGAAUUUUCCAUUUGCAACUACUGGCACGAUCCUCACCACGAUGACUUGUACCUCAAUGCCAGCAGCUUUCUGGCCCUCAUCAAUGGGGAAAGAGACCAUCCCAAUGCCACUGCAUGGCGGAAGAACUUCCUUCGCGUGGGCCGUCUGGUGCUGAUUGGGGGUCCUGAUGAUGGCGUUAUCACUCCCUGGCAAUCUAGCUUCUUUGGUUUCUAUGAUGCCAAUGAGACAGUUCUGGAGAUGGAGGAGCAGCCGGUGUAUCUUCGAGAUUCUUUUGGGUUGAAGACUCUCCUGGCCCGGGGGGCCAUAGUGAGGUGUCCCAUGGCUGGCAUCUCUCACACCACGUGGCACUCUAACCGUACGCUCUACGAUACUUGCAUUGAGCCGUGGCUCUCCUGAAGAUGUCCUCAGUGGUCUCCAGGAAUUCCCCAGCCCAGAGAUCAAGCGGUGGCCUUGGGAAGCAGAUGCCAGGCUCUGGCAUGCCUGCAACCAUCUUGUCAUUCCCACACUGCCCGACCCCCACCAGGGCUCCCCUCCCCCCUCCCCCCCUGCUCCUCUGUGAAUGACAAGUCCUGGUCCCCUACCUCAUGUCCUCACUUGGGGACGCCUCCACGCUCUCCCUUUCUGCCACGGCUGAGGUUGGGAAGCAAGUGCCAGGUUUUUAACUGUGGCUUCACCGCUGCUGUUGCUUCUCCGGGUCUGGCUGUAUCGGAGGAGAACCCAGCCCCUGCCCACCUCAGGGGUCUUCUUCCAGGCCACUCAGGACAUUUUUAGCUUCUGUUAUCCCCGUUUCCCUCUUUUCUCAACUUCCCUGUGGCUAGCCUCCCCACCAAGAGGGGCACCCAUAAGAGGGGGUGUUCUGAGGCUCCCCUAUGGGGACAAUUCCACUUUUGAAGUGUCAGUGUUGGGGAAUAUCUGUGGCCUGCAAGGCCCAUCUCAGGUUUGGGGAUCCCCCAGUCCCUAUGAUCAGUGUUGGGGUAUCCCCUGGGAGCCUAGGUUCUUUGAGGCCCCAGCCCCUCUUUUAACUACCCUUGAGUGGGUGGUCCCUGUAUUUAUAGAAAUAAAAGAUCCAUUUCCUCAG